AAAAUAUAUAGUGUACCAACCUGCACUUUAAGCGCACACAUUGGUGAAUACUUGUGUGCGGUGUAACUUGUGUGCGAUUUGCGUCCUAGGCUGUAUAUAGGUCGUAUACUUGGAUAGUUCAUAUACUGCAUUGUGUGAUGACGGACGUAGUUGCCUUGGAAAAGGUCUUUUUGGCCACUUUCCAACCGGGGACUACCAAGCAAGCCGAGGAACAACUCCGACUGCUAUGCCAUACACCCGGGUUCAGUGUCAGCUUGUCCCAGUUACUGGGGAAGUCUGGCAUGGAUGUUCAGGUGCAAAAGGCCGUUGCCGUCUACCUAAAGAACCACUUGCUUGGUUAUUGGGUCGACAGAGGUACCGAACAUUUCUCCAUACCCGCCGAUGAGAAGGCCGCCAUCCGAGACAACAUUGUAGAUAUCAUCUGUGGCGCUAACACUCAGAUUCAAGUCAUCCUGGCCGUAGCCUUUGGACGCAUCCUAAACCACGACUACCCAGAACGUAUGCCCAACGUAGUAGCGCAGAUUGGGCAGCGCAUGCAGAGCCAGGACAUGAACGUCGUUGUGGGGUCACUCUUCUGUUUCCUGGAGAUCUCCAAACGAUACGAAUACAAAACAGCCAACGAGCGCGAGCACUUCGAUAGCCUCAUACCCGAUGCGUUCGCGUUUCUCCUGCAAAUCGGAAACCACGUGGUUGCCAUGGAUACGCUCGAGAAAGCCCUGAUCCUCAAGUUGGUGCUAAAGAUCUUCUACAAUGCCAUACACUACACCUUACCCACACAGAUACAAGACCAGGCUAUGCUUACCCCGUGGAUGACCCUAAUUGGACAGGUUGUCUCCACCGACGUGCCUGAGAUGGAGGACCCCAUCACCGGCAAAAACCCCGCCUGGUUGGCCAAGAAAUGGGCCUGCAGUAUUAUUUUAGAGCUAUUCACAAGGUACGGACUGCCAGCCACAGCCAGAGACGAGCACAAGGCCUUUGCGGAGAUGUUUGUGAAGUCAUACGCCACCCCCGCCACAGAGAUGGCUCUCACGCUGCUGAUCAAUAGCAAACGAGAGAACAAGUACCUCAGCUCACGCGUGCAGCAAGUGUGUAUCAACAUAGUCACGGCCGGCACCUCGCACGGGACUACCUGGAAGGUCGUUAAACCUCACCUGGAGACCAUAGUAUCCGAUGUCAUAUUCCCUGUGUUGUGUCAUAACGAUAAAGAUGAGGAGUUAUGGCAGGACGACCCACAGGAAUACACCCGCGAGAAGUUCGAUGUCAUGGCCGACUUUGUGUCUCCAGCUGUAGCCGCUCAAAACCUCCUUACAGAGAUUGCUACCAGACGCAAGAACACGCUCAUGCCCUGUCUGCAAUUCUGUAACUCCAUCCUGGUUGAGUACCAAAACGCACUCAGCCAAGCCUCCCAACAGGCCCAGAGUGAAGCGCUGGUAGAGGCUAUGAUGCAACAGGGUCGCAGGAAGGACGGGGCUUUGUGCAUGAUAGGUACACUGGCACGUCUUAUUAACAAGAAGAAGGAACUCAAGGGCACCCUAGAGACCAUGCUCAUGACCCAUGUCAUCCCAGAGUUCUCGUCCAGUUUCGGGUUUAUGCGGGCGCGAGCGUGCUGGGUGAUGCAGUACUUCCAUGGUGUGGCGCUGAGGAACGAGGCCGUGGUUAUUGAGUGCAUGGACAGUAUCAUCCGUUGUCUACAUGAUCCAGACCUACCUGUGCGUGUGAUGGCUGGUGUUGGUCUCAAAGUCAUGGUAGAACACCCUGCUGCCAAGGAGAGGAUCCGACCCCAUUUGGGUCAAGUGUUAAACGAGCUUAUCAAACUCACCAACGAGGCCGAGAACGAUGACGUCGUGACUGUCAUGGAAGACCUGGUGGCUGUGUACGGCACAGAUUUGGGCGACGUAUCCAUCACACUCAGCGCUCAGCUGGCCCAGACAUUCAUUAACAUGGUUAAAAGCUCGAGUGAGGAUAAUGACGAAGACGUGUAUAAAGCCAUGACCGCCCUAGGGACACUACGUGCGAUGAUGACUAUUGUGGCCAUCUAUCAGGAAGCACCGGAGAUGUUAGUACACAUCGAGAAGAAUAUCCUGCCAUGCAUAUACCUGGUACUGAACGACGGCCAUGUGGAUUACCUCGAGGACGUGUUGGAGAUGUUGACGUCGUGUCUAUUCCACCGACAAGAGAUUUCCAGUGAUGUGUGGGCACUCUUCCCCGCACUUUAUGAGAUCUUCACCACAGACGCCUUCGAUUACUUCAAUGAGAUGAUGCCCGUCAUAGACCAGUGCCUGUCGAAUGGCUCUGCCACAUUCUUUGAUAACGCCGACUAUCUCUCCGCGGUUUACAACAUGUGUACAGCUGUUAUGGCGAACGAAGACGCGGGAGAGGAGAUGCACAUGCGUGCUGCCAUGUUGUGUGGCUCUGUAUUUACUAAUCUGCGCGGCGACAAGUUCCCAAGUGACAGCGGUUUACAGCUGCCCGAAGAAGCACACAAACAGUUCCUGCUGUUGCUGCUCAAGCGAUUGAACCAGCCCAUGGAGACCAUGCAGCUGAAGGUGUCACUACUCAUGGCGUUGGCCGAGGGCAUCUUCUCCAACGCCGCCGUGUCCCUGGCCGUCUUCGAAGGCAUUCAGCCCAGCCAGACAGACUAUGUGUUCAGCAUGCUGUGCUCACACCUGGAGAAGUUUACGCGUGUACAUGACCUACAGUUGCUGAUUGGUUUGUUCUGUGAGCUGCUGUGUCUGAGUGAAGAGGCUCUGCCUAUGGUGUUGCGGCAGAAGUACGGGCCGGUGACUAUGAUGCAGAUUGUCGCCACGUGCUUCCAGAAGAUCCCGGAGGCAGAGAAGCGAAGAGAGAAGUACGAGGAGUUGUACCAUGGCGAAGUGGAAUCGGAAGACGAAGAAGAAUUCAAUGAGGCCGACGCGGCAGCCAUUGAGGCGCAAAUCGGUGACGAAGUGGACGACGACGACGACUUCGAAGACGAGGAGGGUGAUGCAUACCUUAGAAGAUUGGAGAAGAUGGCCCAAUAUAGAGGCGAAGACGGUGAAGACGGGCUGGAUGAUGAUCUAUUUGAUGAGGAUGAUCUAUGCGCUGAUAACAUUAUUGAUAACAUGGACCCCUACGUGCUGCUCAGCGAUACGAUACACGGCAAGCGACCGUUCAAGGGCGGCAACCCUACACAACCUGGAAUCGGAUCGCCCGCACAAGUAGGUUACAGGACCCCUGAGGGCUUCAGAGCAUUGCUGGAGGGUGUGCCCCAGGAAGUACAGCAGGUGCUUAUGGGAGUGUGCCAAACUGCCGUAGAGCGACAGACCGGCGCCGCCCAGACUGCCUAGGGGCCGAUAGGAAUCGCCACUUGCCUGGGUGUUUAUAUACCUUCAAACUCGAGGACUUGUGUAUGUGUAUGUGUACACAUGUGGGUAUGGUACAUACAUAUGACCCACCCUGACGCAUAUUGUGCGUGUGGGAGAUGUGUGGAUGGGUUGGUACUACGUGCUUCGGAGCUGGGACGCUCGUAUAAGCAUUGAACGCUUGGCUGCAUGCAUGUACACACAUUAAGACGCAUAUUGUAACACUCAACCACCAACCACAAUUACAAUUUAGAUACUUACAGUUCAUAGCAGAGCAUGUACGGUUUUGAAAACGGUGCAAUUCACGGGAUCGCCUCACACGUGUGCACACGCACACUCCCUCCCCCAAGAUCCUUCCCCGCACACACAACUUAGGCACAAUGAGGCCCGGCGGGUAUGAUGCUCAGAUGAUCCAACUUUAAUGUACAAUAAAGAAAACUGGCGUACCUCGG